AUGCGCGCGGCGGCGACGGCUCGACCAUCGACGGCUCGACCGUCGACGUCCGCGAGACGCGCGCGGCGAGCGCGAACGCGCGCCGUGCGUGAUGAACGAAUCGACUUCCUCUCCACGACGCUCAUCGUCGACGACCUGGUGUUCGCGGACGGGACGACGCGGAUGGCGGUGCUCGGCGGCGGUGGGCCGCAGACGCUGUUCGGCGCUGCGGUGACGUCCGACGGUGAGCUCACGCUCGGUCUCGUCGCGGGCGUGGGCGAGGGCGAUUGCCCGGAGACGUGCGCGAGGUGGCUCGCGGACAUUGGCGCGGAAGCGUUUUUGUUGACGUUGGGGACGUCGACGCCGCGGGCGUGGCAAAUCACCGAACGCGACGGACGUCGCACGCAGGUGUGGAGAUUGGACGCAAGCGAUGCUUUGUACGCGAUGUUGCGUCCGAAAUACGCGAUUUGGCCAGAGAAGUGUAAGCGUGCGAACGCGGUGCACUUUGGCUUGAAUCCGUCGCGACCAGACGUCGAGCUCGUGCAAGCGCUUCGCGAAGGCGGGUGCGGCUUGAUUUCGAUCGAACCGUUCACGCACGCCGAGGCACCGCUAUCGAGGAAAGAUUUGGAAAAUCUCGUUUCCAUGGGUGAUGUUUUCUCGCCGAAUGAGCGCGAGGCGAGGAGUUUCUUUGCGAAGGGCGACGGGAUGUCGCCGAAGGAUUUGAUCAAAGCCAUGCGAAAAGCUGGGGCGACGAUAUGUUGUUUGCGGCGCGGGUCGCGCGGUGCGAUGGUGUAUGAUUCGCGAACGAACGAGGGUUACGAGUGCGAGGCGCUCUCUGCGAAUGUCGUAGACGAAACUGGAUGCGGCAACGCGUUUUGCGGCGCUUUCGCCGCCGCCUUGGCGCAGGGCGCCACGAUACGCGACGGUCUUAUCCGUGGAACGGUUGCGGCGAGCAUCAUGCUCGAACACGUUGGCGUCCCAAACGGCACAUUGGUCGAGUAUCGCGCCGAAGCAGCGAGGCGUGCGAACUUGAUCAAUCCCGUUGCGUUUAGUCUCGACGAAGAGGUUGCCGCGUUCGUCGACUUCGACGAGUACAUCCCCUAG